CAAACCAGCACAAACACAUACUAUUGAUCAACAAAUAUUUACUUUAAAUGAUUCUUAUAAAAUGUCAGAAAGAGGUUUAGAGCUGUUUGCAAUGUAAACUGGAUGAUAAUAGUCUGUUUUUUAUUAAUUAAUAAGAGUUGCUUUAAAUCUCUCUUUCUUCAUCAUGUCUCAAAACCAGAAGAUUUUUUUCAGUGUAGUUAUAUUCGUGGCUGUCGUCCUGAUCGGCUUUUACUACAUGAAUGAUGUUUUUGGGGAAAAUACCAACUUUCAGUAUAUCAGAGCCAAAAUGUAUAACAGUGAACUAGAGAACCGCAAUCACCUCGAGCGGAAAGUCCUAUGUUCUAACAAUGAACCAGAGAUCCAAAAUUACCCCAAACCAAAUAUAGGGCCAUUUCCUAUUGAAAAUUUUCAGUCAUGUACCUGCAAAAACACUGACCCACCAGACAUGCCAAAAGAUGAAUUGGAAGAUCUUCAAAAACGUCGAGCUAAAGAAUACAGACAACACCAGAUCAGAACGGGUAAACAAAAUGAUGUUCUUAUUCUUGCCGCACCCAACACUCCGCUUCAGUAUCCCAUCAGAGGUUGCAGAGUCACCCCCUUACAAAAAUCUCUCAUUCCUGGUCUAGCUCUGCACACACAAUACCGAACAAUUUACAAGGUGUCCCUGAGGGUACAGAAGGGUUUGCUGUCAGUAAAUGAUGUUAAGGUGGAUGAGCUUGUUUUUGGCCAGAAUGAGAAACGUUUGAUCAUCUCAUCCGACAGCCUUGAACAGCUCAAUGACCUGCUGAGCAGAGUUACCUACACAAGCACCAUCUACCACAUCAAGACUGAAGAUCUCGCUUACUUCUCUUUUGAGAACCAUGAGGUCAUAUUUCCAAUUGAGAUCAGACGUCUAUCAGUUCCUAUUCUUUAUAACACAGGAAAAGAUAUAAACUCUCAGGUGACCAUACUAGUAAAGACAUUUUUGAGAUACGCGGAAUUAAACGUUCUUAUUCAGAGUAUUCGUGUGAACUACCCAAACAUAAAGAUCAUUGUAGCUGAUGACAGUCAUGACCCACAGAAGGUUGUUGGCGAUAAUAUUGAGCAAUACAUUAUGCCUCCAGCACAGGGUUGGUUUGCUGGCAGAAAUCUGGGAGUUUCACAAGUCACUACUAAAUAUUUCUUAUGGGUGGAUGAUGACUUUUUGUUUUUGAAUGAAACGCGUAUAGAGAGAUUUGUGGAGAUUAUGGAAGCCCUUCCUGAAUUAGAUGUGCUUGGUGGAUCAGUUCAGGGAAAUCAGUUUUCUUAUAGAUUGCACUAUGAAGAAGGGAACAACGAGGAGGGUGGCUGCAUCUGGCGUGCUUCUGGUACUCACAAAGCACCCCUGCCAGGAUUUAAAGGGUGCUUCUUCGCUGAUAUAGUCGUCAACUUCUUUUUGGCCCGAACACAUGCUGUCCGGAGAGUCGGAUUUGACCCGCUUCUCAGACGGGUGGCUCACCCUGAGUUCUUCAUUGAUGGACUAGGACACUUGUUAGUCGCCACCUGCAGAGAUAUCAUGAUGGGCCACCAAGUACGGAAGAACACAGGCGAAUAUAACAGAUACAGGCAUCCGCCAAAAAACGAUGGAGAUAACAAAAUGAAAAUCUAUCAUUUCAAGAAUUAUUUAAAAUGUAUCAAGUAGACGUCACAUAAAAUAGUACAGUUUUUUGAAAAAUCCUCUAAAAUCGAAUUAAGUUAAGUAGCCAUAACGUCAAAUCGGUUCCGUACACACUGCAUAUAAUUUGGUUGUCACUUCACCUUUUAAUGCUUAAUCCUGUUCUGUACACACACAGUUCAGUAAUUUACGGGAGUCACAACCGCAUUCUACAACCGAAUUAACUCCCGCAAAAUGCAGGUAGUGACAACCGCAUUUACUGAAACUCUGCACAGUGUGUACAUAACCGAUCUGAACAACUAGUAGUUAAUCAAGUGUUUAAACGUUCAUCAUAAACAGGACAGGUCUCUCUUCUGAAAAAAUAAAUGCUUAGAGGAAAGUCUUCUGU